AUGACGUCAGAGAGGGUCUUACUGAUUGUCAUUUUUACUUUGUUGUGCUCGGCUAUCGCGCAGACGAAAAGAUUGAGACAUCACGGCCCGCCAUAUAUAAAAGAUCCAAACAUGCAGUUGCGCGUAACAGAGCUGGGCAAAUCGAUUAAACUCGAAUGUCCCAUAGAGACCACUCCUCACCACAGCACUUUUAUCAUAUGGGAGAAACGGAUAGAUACGGAUAAUAACGAUAAAAGACCGAUGUUUCACAAAGAAACAUCGUCGAUAUUGUCGGAUAGCGUUUACCGAGCCAUCAAGCCAUCACUUAUUAGGGAUGGGCUGAUGUUGCAUGUUAAGAAAGCAAGGCUAAGAGAUGCUGGCAUUUACCGGUGUACGAUCAUUAACGGUUUCGGUUCCGCUUCGGCACAGUUUCGCGUCGUUGUUGUCACCUUUGAAGACGGGAGGAAUGUGAAAAUGACCGGAAAUGAAAUGACUGAAAAUUCUCGUGAAGCGAUAGCGUUGAUGAUAACAACAACAAGGACGACGAUGACGAAUUAUAUAACUUUCGCUAUUGGCAAUGAUUUUAAUAAAAGUAUCACUGCUGAUGGAGAACAGCAGCAUCGCAAUUUAAGUUUAAACACAAGUCUGAUUGAUGAGCCAUCGUCACAGUCAUCAUCAUCAUCAUUUCGAUCACCAUAUUCUUGGUCAUCAUCAUCCUCUUCUUGGUCAUCAUCAUCAUCUUCUUGGUCAUCAUCAUCUUGGUCAUCAUCAUCUUGGUCAUCAUCAUCAAUAACAUCCGGAGAACAAACAUCAUCAUCGUCGUCAUCACCAUCGUCGCCAUCAGAAGCAACGAGGGUUCCUUCCAACAUUAACCGGAUGGACAUCAAAUGGACACUGGCUAUUGCUUUCGGCUUCAUCCUAUUGGCUGGCUUGUUCAUCUUGUCAACCUACGUCAUCAACAAACGAAAAGGGGCGCGAGGUUCAGUCCGGUUGGAGAAUGAUGAUGUAGCGCGCAAUUACUUCACCGCCUUAGCAGCAAUAUACAGACCUGCAAACAAAGGGAAUGUUUUUCUGCAAACAACAGCAACGAUGACAAUGAAAUCAUCGCAUACAAUCGAUAACAUGCAACCGAGAUGUCAUCAUGUCUAUAGAUCCACGAGUGAUAACGAAUACCGAGUAGUUACGACUCCACGAAAUCCGGUCCGUGCAGAUUAUCGUCACAACUCUAAAGGCCAGUUAUUCGAUACAAAUCGACAAAUACCGAUAAAUCGACCCAUCUCUAGAUUUUAUCAGCAAAACAAUCCACAUAAUCGUUUCAACUUUAAUUCACGAAUAAAUCCACAGUUUCAUCCAAACCGACAAAUCACAAACCACCCCACACAUCACGUCCCUGUUAAUCAGCACAUCCCUAAUUACGUCAUCCCUAAUUACUACAAAAACCCAGAAAACUUCGACGCCUACUUCACAAACGCCAUCAGCAGACCAUCAUCUACGUUCAAUAGCAAAAAAGCAAAGAUGGCUUACACGUUAAAAGGCUUUAUGUCAACUUUAAACAACAACCACAACUUUGGAAGUAGUAGUGGCGGUGGUAGCAGUAGUAGCAGCAGUAGUAGUAGUAGUGAUUAUGCUAAAAUUAGGGAUGGUGAUGGUUACGAUUAUAUUGAGCCUGUCCGUAGUGAUUUUGAAUAUAUCCGACCAAGAAUUUUUAAACCGAGAGGCAGUUUUGGCGACCACAUCAACUACAACAGCCACCACCACCUCAACUACAACAACCACCGCAACCACUACUACAACAACGUCAGCUACUACAACCACCAAACCAGCGGCGAUUGCCACAAUUACAUUGACGAUAGGAGCAAGAAUUUGAUUGGACGACAAUCAUAUCAGUCACCUUAUAACAAGCAAGAAGAUGAAGAAGCAGAUGAGGGUGAUGAUGAAGAAGAUGAAGAAGCAGAUGAGGGUGAUGAUGAAGAAGAUGAAGAAGCAGAUGAGGGUGAUGAUGAAGAAGAUGAAGAAGCAGAUGAGGGUGAUGAUGAAGAAGAUGAAGAAGCAGAUGAGGGUGAUGAUGAAGAAGAUGUUUGUUAUUGA